AUGGGGCAGGGGCCUAGCGUCAUUGACCAGGCCACGUUCAAGGAGAUGGGGCUGCUGUCAUGGGCCAUCAUCGACCUGGCCAUAAACUGGGGCGGCUGGGCCGUCUCAGCCGCACUGCAGACCGACAAGUUCUACGACAUGCUUGGGACUGGCAGCUUCCUCACGCUGGCGUUGGGGUCGAUGGCGGCAGCCAAGGUCUCUCACGCUCGCAAGUACCUGGUGUCUGCCAUGGUGGCACUCUGGGCGGUGCGACUGGGCGCGUUCCUGGUGGCGCGCGUGUGGAAGGUGGGCCACGACAGCCGCUUCGAUGAGGCCAAGAAGCAGCCCUUCAAAUUCUGGAUCUUCUGGACCAUGCAGGCCGCGUGGGUCUUCAUCACGCUCAGCCCCCUGCUGCUGCUCAACACCGCCAGCGCCGGGGGCCCCGCGCGCAUCGUCUGGAGCGACGGCGUGGGGGUGGCCCUCUACGCGAUAGGCCUCAUCAUCGAGGCCACAGCAGACGCCCAGAAGUUUGCCUUCAAGAUGGACCCCGCCAACAAGGGGCGCUUUAUCGACACCGGCCUCUGGAGCUACUCCAGAUUCCCCAACUACUUUGGGGAGAUGACGCUCUGGUGGGGCAUCUUCAUCACAUGCACAUCGGGCCUGAGCGGCGCCCAGUUUGUCAGCGUGGCCAGCCCCCUCUUUGUCAUGGCGCUGCUCUUCUUUGUCAGCGGCAUUCCCCUGCAGGACGCCCAGGCCAAGCGGCGCUGGGGGGACAUCCCCGAGUACCAGGAGUACCGAAAGCGCACCAACCUGCUGGUCCCAGUCCCUAAGAGCUUAUUCUGCGGCGCGUCCUGCGGCCCCAAGUCGCAGUGA